CCUACAUCCCGACCUGUCACACCGUUUUUUCACACAUGCUAAAAAAUAUGUACGCAUUAAAUCUCGUUUAAACCUCGUACUAUAUUUACCUAAGUUAGAUGUGCUAUCAUUCGAUAUGAAGCUAAAACUAUUUAAAGCAAAAAACGUCUAUUUUAAAGAUCCUAAUAACUCUAUUUUAAUUGAAACUCUAUUUUAAGGAGUUUGGCCGAGGAAAAAUGGACAAUGAUAUAGAUCCAUUAGCCGAUGCUUAAAGCUUGGUGUGCAUGUAGACGACAUGCUACUCCCCAUACAGAAUGAAUCAUUCCAUCAUUUCCGUUUCUAAUAUUCCACUCUGAUUCGAAAUCCUCGUCCAAUCCACACUCUUCUAUCCCACAAAUCUCGGCCUCCUCCCCGUAUAUAUCUUCCUUAUUCUUAAACCAGAACACUCCACUCGAUCUGCAUUACAAUGGUUCUGUCCAUAGAAAGAGAUCCGGAAGGCAGCCGGCGGGAUGACGGAGAAGACGACGACGACUCGCCGGUGGAGCAGGUCCGGCUCACCGUCUCGACCCACGACGACCCGACCCUCCCGGUCUGGACCUUCCGAAUGUGGACCCUCGGGAUCCUCUCCUGCGCGGCCCUGUCCUUCCUCAACACCUUCUUCGGGUACCGGACCGAGCCGCUCAUCAUCAGCAUGAUCUCGGUCCAGGUCAUCACCCUGCCCGCCGGACGGUUCAUGGCCAAGGUGCUGCCCGAGAGGACCUUCCGGGUCGGGUCGUGGGAGUUCUCGCUGAACCCGGGCCCGUUUAACAUGAAGGAGCACGUUCUGAUAUCCAUAUUUGCGAAUGCCGGGUCCGCCUUCGGAAGCGGAACCGCUUAUGCGGUUGGGAUCGUGAAUAUAAUCAAGGCUUUUUAUAUGAGGAAGAUCUCGUUCUUGGCUGGAUGGAUUCUUGUCAUCACUACCCAGGUUUUAGGAUAUGGAUGGGCAGGAAUACUGAGAAAAUAUGUGAUCGAUCCUGGUGAGAUGUGGUGGCCCCAAAGCUUGGUGCAAGUCUCUCUUUUCAGGGCACUACAUGAGAAAGAAGAGAACACAAGGUCAAUGACAAAGUGGAAGUUCUUCUGGUUAGCAAUGCUAUGCGGGGCGAUAUGGUACAUUGUCCCAGGCUUUCUCUUCCCAACCAUAUCAAACAUCUCCCUGCUAUGUCUGAUAUACCCGAAGUCAGUUAUGGCCCAACAAAUCGGGUCGGGCAUGAGAGGUCUGGGCAUUUUCUCCUUCACCUUCGACUGGUCUGUCAUUGCCUCGUACCUCACCAGCCCACUCGUCACCCCCUUCUUCGCCAUCGCCAACAUCACCGUCGGCUACGUCGCUGUCAUCUACGUCAUCAUCCCCAUCGCUUACUGGGGGUUGAACCUCUACAGCGCUCGAACCUACCCUCUGUUCUCCUCCCACUUGUUCAACAACCAAGGCCAAGUCUACAACGUUUCUUCCAUUGUUAAUGAAAGGUUCGAGCUUGACAAGACGGCGUACGCCCGACAAGGGCGUAUCAGCCUCAGCAUCUUCUUUGCGCUGUCGUAUGGUCUCAACUUUGCCUCCGUCAUCGCCACCCUCACCCACGUUGCUCUCUUCAAUGGAAGGGAUAUCUAUAACAGGUUCAAGUCUUCACACAAAGGGAAAAAUGAUAUCCACACGAGGCUUAUGAAGAAAUAUAAGGACAUUCCGGCUUGGUGGUUUUACGUGACGCUUGCGCUCUCAUUGGCUCUCUCACUUUUCAUGUGUAUCUUCAUGAAGAAUGAGAUUCAGUUGCCUUGGUGGGGUUUACUCCUUGCUGUUGCUGUUGCCUGCCUAUUCACCCUUCCCAUUAGUGUCAUUACUGCCACUACAAACCAGACACCAGGACUAAACGUGAUUACGGAAUACAUAUUGGGUCUUCUGAUGCCUGGGAAACCAAUAGCCAACGUUUGUUUCAAAACAUUUGGGUAUAUAAGCAUGAGUCAAGCAGUUUCCUUCUUGAACGAUUUCAAAUUAGGACAUUACAUGAAGAUUCCUCCCAGAUCAAUGUUCAUUGUUCAGCUUGUAGGAACAGUUGUAGCUGGCACGAUAAACAUUGCGGUGGCCUGGGGGCUAUUGACAUCAAUCCCCAACAUAUGCCAAGACAAUUUGCUCCCUCCAAACAGCCAAUGGACCUGUCCUAACGACAGGGUAUUCUUCGAUGCUUCCGUAAUUUGGGGCUUAGUAGGCCCAAAACGAAUAUUUGGGUCAUUGGGCCGUUACGGCGCGCUCAACUGGGGCUUCUUGCUCGGUGCAAUGGGCCCUCUAGUGGUAUGGCUCUUCCAGAGAGGCUUCCCAUCGAAACGCUGGAUCAGUCUCAUAAACCUGCCGGUGCUCCUAUCGGCCACAGCCACCAUGCCGCCGGCGACCUCCCUGAACUUCAACAGCUGGAUUGUUGUUGGGACGAUCUUCAAUUUCUUCAUCUUCAGGUACAGAAGGAAGUGGUGGCAGAGGUACAACUACGUCCUGUCAGCGGCGAUGGAUGCUGGGCUGGCUUGCAUGGCGGUGGCUUUGUACUUUGGCUUUGAGGUGGAGAAUGUGAGCGUAAAUUGGUGGGGAAGCCAGGGUGAGCAUUGUGACUUAGCCACUUGCCCUACCGCGCGUGGAAUACAAGUCGAUGGAUGCCCGAUUUUCUAAGUUGUUUAUGUUCUUAUUUAUUUACUGCAGAUAAUAUUAGAAUUUUUAGUUUUCACUUAAAAUGUUUAUGCUUCAAUGUUCUUGUCUAUUUCCUUUCUUUUGUAUAGAACCAGAAGCUAAAUUGUCAUAGUUAGUAAGUUAGCUCAUACUCUAUAUUCACUUGGCUACGAAAAAAUGAGGCUAUUUUGCUGCUACAGAUAAAAUGAAAACAUA